AUGGCCGAUAAAAUACAAUCAGACGCCAGUCUCUCGACCCGAAUAUCCCUACGAUGGCAACCGGAUCCCCCCUUCGAGUACACAGACACGGUCGUCAUGUCCGUACAAGGGUGGUACCUUGAUCUACGCGUGGAAAAGGAAACAGGGAAGAUCGACUGGGCCAUUGCGGGGAAGCGGAUAGUGGAAAGUGAAGAGACUCGACGGGUCCGCUUCACGCACGAUCUUGACUCGCAUAAUUGCUUCUCAACAGCCGACUGCGGCACCUUCACCACUCUCCCCAACGGCGACGACCUCGAAACCGGGUCUAUGCCUCGACCCGACCUCCCAGAUACGCCGAUGACGGAGUACGAGGAGGUAUGGCGGGAGCUGGUGUUCCGAGAGGGACCCGAGGGACCCGGGAAGGGGCUAUGUUGGGUUCUCGAGUCGGAGGGGGAAAAAGAGGUAUUGGGGACGAAUACUGUGGGGGAGACGAAGAUUUUCAUGGCCAGGAUAUGGGGUACAUUUUUGGCUUUCCGGCAGCGAUUGUUCCAUGCCCUUCAGGCAGAGCUUGCGGGGGAGAAUGGGGUUAGGUUGAAGGAAGGGAAGGAAGUGAGUGUACGGAGGGAAGAAUGGGAUCCCAAGGAAGGAUGGCAGGUCAAGUAUGCCAUUGGGGAGGAGGCAGAUUCGCUACCCUCGAUGGUGAAGGGACUGCAGGGCAAGUCGGAAGACACGUGGAAGGGGAGAAAGAACGUGAUGGUUGAUGGACAACGGUAUGUGCUUCGUGCAUUUGAAGAGAUUGAUUAG